AUGGCACACCCCACCAACGAGCAGAUGCUCGACUUCCUCCAAGAACAGCGGGAUUCAGCACCGGAGGAGCUCCAACACUACUUCAUCAGCUUCGAGGACCACUGGGAGAGGAAGCUAUGGCACGAGCUCACAGACAACCUCGUCCACUUCUACUUCGAAGAGCAGAGCGCCAAGCAGCGGUUACCUCUGUUCGAGAAGUUCGUCAAGAGCUUCGCAGGCAAGAUCAACCAGUUGAAGCUGGUGCGGAUAGGACUACAGACAUCGAAGACAUGCAAAGAUGACAACGAACGCCUGUCCUUCCUCUCGGCGUUGGCCACGCGCGUUGAUAAGCCAGCAUCACAAGACGCAUACGUCUACGCCCUCACAUCAGUCGCAAACACCAGACUCGACCUCAAGCAGACCGUCGAAGCGCGGACAGAUCUCGACAAGUGCGAAUCGAUCCUCGACACCUUCGACUCCGUCGAGACAGCAGUUCACGCCAACUUCUACCGCACAAGCGCUCUCUACUACCAAUCGCAGCACGAGUUCGCAAAGUACUACCGCACCGCCUUGCUAUACCUCGCCUGCGUCGUGCUCAAGGAUCAACCCGAGUCCGAGCGCCACCGCAUCGCGUACGAUCUGUCCAUCGCCGCACUCGUCAGCGAGAACAUCUACAACUUCGGAGAGCUGCUCCUUCACCCCAUCCUCGACAGUCUCAACAAGACCGAACACGCAUGGCUGCGCGACCUGCUUUUCGCUUUUAACCGAGGCGACCUCCAAGCCUACAACAUUCUCCAACAACACCUCGAGGCGAACUCUCUACUCAAAGCGCACCAGCAGUUUCUCUACCAGAAGAUCUCGCUCUCUGCACUCACACAGCUCGUUUUCUCCCGAGCACCGCAAGAUCGCAGCAUGACAUUCAACGCCAUCAGCCAAGAGACAAAGGUCAGCCUCGAUGAGAUUGAGCACUUGAUCAUGAAGGCACUGAGCUUGGGACUACUUCGAGGAAGCAUAGAUCAGGUUGCGGAAGUUGCGCGGAUAACUUGGGUACAGCCAAAGGUGCUAGAUAAGGGUGGCAUCGAGGCCAUGCGGUCCAGACUGCGCGAGUGGGAUGGCGGUGUCGAGCGGCUGGGCAACUGGAUCGAGGGAGUAGGAAAGGACGUCUGGGCAUCGUAG